AACCAAGAAAAUGUCUCAACUAAAAAAACAAUAAAACAAAAUAAAUCAAUGUGCUAGCUUAAAGAUGCAAAUGCACCAUUGAAUCAGAAUCUCUCUUGAAGUAAGUCACUGAUGAGCUUAAACUAGACACAAAUAAUAUGACUACGUUUCUGAAGUCACUUAUCUUCUUACAAGAUUCAUGUCGUGCCUUUUAUCUCUAAUGUUCCAUGGAGGGAGCUCUGAAGAUGCAGCUGAAGCUUGAAGCAUCCGUUAAUGGUGUGAGGAUAAGCAUCGACACAACAUGGACACGAGAAUUGAGGAGCUUCCUUAUAGUUCCCUUAUUCAAGUGUUUGGUGGCUCUUUGUUUGAUAAUCUCCCUCUUAGUUUUCAUAGAGGGUAUAUACAUGAACCUUGUAGUGCUCUACGUCAAGUUGUUUAAGCGAAAACCCGAAAAAUCUACAAAUAGGAGCCGAUGCCGGAGGACAUUGAGCUCGGACAUGAAACCUACCCCAUGGUCCUUGUUCAAAUUCCAAUGUACAACGAAAAAGAGGUCCUUCAAUUAUCUAUAGGUGCUGCAUGUAGACUAAUAUGGCCAUUGGAACGCCUAAUUGUUCAAGUUCUAGAUGAUUCCACUAAUCAAACCAUCAAGGGGCUGGUGAACACAGAGUGUGCAAAGUGGGAAAGCCAAGGCGUAAAUAUAAAGUGUGAGAGGAGAGACAACAGAAAUGGCUAUAAAGCCGGAGCUCUUAAACAAGGCAUGAAGCACAACUACGUGAAGCUAUGCAGCUAUGUUGUCAUCUUCGACACAGACUUUCAACCGGAGCCUGAUUACCUCCAACGCUCUGUCCCCUUCCUCGUUCACAACCCCGAGGUCGCUCUUGUUCAAGCCCGAUGGAGAUUCAUGAACUCAAACAAGUGCUUGAUGACGAGGAUGCAAGAGAUGUCCCUCAACUACCACUUCAUGGCGGAGCAGGAAUCUGUUGUUUAAACUUGAGAAGCUUAAGGCCCAAAAAAAAACAUAAACAAGUCGGUUUAUGUUAAAGAAGAUUCUAGAGUUUGGUUAGGAGUUAUCUAAACCUAAUCCUAGUGUGUUUAGGAUUUGUAGAAUCAGUUUUCUAUAAAAAUAGAGGUGCCAAGGUUGUGGCUAACCCUAUGUGUGUUUUGAGAGAACAAGAGAUUUGUGAGGUUUAAGUUUUGUGUAAGUUUCUUAAACAUAAUAAAGAGAGAAGUCUUUGUUAAA